AUGGGCACGUACACGAGGAUCCAGCUGAUAGUUAUACUGGCGUUAUUCGGCAAAGAACAGCAAGCUUUGUGCAGGGAGACGUACGUUAAGGAGGGAGAUGCUGUUCUUGGCUCUCAAUAUGCUCCUCCUAGCUUCACUGCAGAAGUUCCGCUGAUGGACUCGGCCGUUGUGAGUGCGCUGACGUCUAGCGCGCUACGAAUUACGUGGACGACGGAGUGGAAAUACCAAUUACGCAUCACCGUGUGCCCGUUGGAAGGAACAAAGAGACAUUGCAACGACUACGUCGCGGAUGGCUCCGAGUACGUGUACACAGUCACCGGACUCAGUGCGAGUACGCUGUACGAGGUUGACACGACUGCGCAGGUGACUCGUUACGGGUUGACCUGUACGGGCCCGGUGUUCGAACAGGACGUGACGACGUUUUCAUCGGACAUAGGUCCCGUGCGAGACCUCAUCCACACGGUGAUCAACGUAACGGUAAUCUCUGCAAGCUGGGACGAGCCUGCCGAGGCUGAUCGGAUUGACGGCUACACGAUUAUUUGCAAGAACGAAGCAAGCGGCCAGUCCACGACUGCUGAACUCCUUCGCACCGGCAACGUGAGCAUCGUUUUGGACGUCAAGCAACAGCUCGCGAACUUCAACUGCUCAGUCAACGCGUUUGCAACGUGGGAGAGUGGGCGCCAGGAAGGACUGGCUAGAGUAUUCGAAGAAGCUACUGAUGGCAUAGCUGCACCCCGUGAAGUUAACCUCACGAAUUCCACGAAGACCAGCCUUACUUAUUCGUGGUUGGCCGAUCCAACUGCAAAGAAAUUUCGGAUUCACGUGAGAGCUGUGUCGCCUAAUUGCAGUACUUUGGACCUCAUUAGGUGGCUCGACACAGAAGCGCACGUAGCAUUCGUCGAGAAUACAGUCCUGCAUUUAUCUCCGGGAACGCUGUACGAGGUCUCCAUUCAGAACUGCGCCGACUACUGCGGCUUGUCGACAGUCGUCCGAAGCACGACCGAAAUAGAUGCACCCUCUCCCGUGCGGGAGCUUCAGUCGAACCUAACGGGCUUCUCUGAUGUCACGCUGACGUGGGAACGGCCCCAGAUGCCCAAUGGACCGAUUGACGGAUUCGUCGUCAAGCUCGUGAAUGAGAACGUGAACAGAAGUGAUGUUCAUACAGUUGAUGGAAGAAAUUUGAGUCUCAGCGUUCACCUACGCGAUCAUUUCACGUACUUCAAGGCAUCCGUGUCCGCUUACAACGUUGAUUAUAAUCAUAAUUUGACUUUGUACGGCAUUGAAGAGGAGACAGACUUUGCCACACUUGGAAAAGGCAAGUUAAGAUGGUAA